AACUUGGAAGACACUUAGUGCUAAUCCUAAACAAAUUUCAGGAGAUGGACAUGAACAAUUCGGGCGAACUUGGGCCAUAUGAAAACAACACCUCUCCAGAAGCCUCGGGAGGCGAAUUGGGCCCAAAUGAAAACAACGCUUCUCUAGACGGCUGGAAAGGGGAACUAGGCUCAUAUGAACAUAACACCUUUCUGGAAGGCUCGAGAGGAGAACUAGGCCAAAAUGAAAAUAGCACCUCUCAAGAAGGCUGGACAAUAGGCCCAUAUGAACACAUCCCUCUAGAUGGCUGGAAAGGGAACCUAGUCUCAAAUGAAGAUAACACCUCUCUAGAUGGCUGGGGAAGAGAACUAGGCCUAUAUGAAAACAAUUCGCUAGAAGCCACGGGAGAAGAACUAGGCCCAUGUAACAAGUCCCUAGAAGUAUCGGGAGAAGAUCUAGGCCUAUAUGAAAACAACACCCCUAUACAAGGCCGAAGUGGAGAACUAGACCCAUAUGAAAAUAACCCCUCUCUAGAAGGCUGGAGAAGGGAACUAAGCCAAUAUGAAAAUACCACCUCUCUAGAAGACUGGAGAAGGGAACUAGGCCCAUAUGAAAGCAACGCCUCUCUUGAAGGCUGGAGAGGGAGAAGCAAUACCUCGUCUUAUGGAAAGGAACUCCUGCAAUCUCUUGCCCGAAAAUUCGCUUCGUCGCUAGGCUGCAACGGAAGCAAAUGUUCUUCCUUUGCCAGAAAUCUCUCCAUUGCAAGGCUUCCAUGGAGACCCAGAUUCAGUCUAAACAAAGACACAGGAGAAGAAGUCCUCAAUGUAAAGGAAAAUGUCAUCUUUUCGGGGGGCGUGUCUUCGACGACGAGGGGGUUCCAUUAUGCUUUACUAAAUGGAUUUCGUUGGAGGAGGGCACCAUUUCGAACUUUUAACUCGGACAAUUUUGAAGGUAAUGGAACAGCCAACAAACAUCGGCCAAGAAACAACCGCAUCGUGGCGCGACAGACUUCGAGGCACAGGGAGCACAAUGACAAGGCCACGCCAUAAUCGACGAUUAUCAUCCUCUUUCGUAGAAAAGUCAUAUUCUAUUUUGGGUAACACUGAACGAAAAUUUCGUUCCAUUCUGGAAGACUGUGGACUUGGGGAAUCCAUUUUCUGGAACGAGCUGGAAAUAUUCGAGUCGAACCCAGACUCGGAUAUGGACGAUGACUUCCUCUACGAAAGAAGGACCAGCAAUGCCCCUUCUGUCUCAACUUUAGGGCGGCGACUAAGGAAAUCCUAUGUCCCCUUUGACGUCGAGACACAUUUGGAUGAACUAAGGUUCGGUAACAAUCUUAGACGUAAAGCUCUUUCUUCGGACGAAAUAACAGAAGAGAUAAAACAACUAAGAAAUGCAACAGUCCCCCUGAAAAACAAACGACAGAAAAUGGACCGUUUAAAGGGAGACUUCAAAGUAAGAACUGGCCAAGCCUGGCAAGGGGAACCAAGUUACUUAAAAAGGGCCCGGAGUGGUCUGAACACCUGCGGACAUUAUAUCGAUAAGCUAAAGGUAAUGUCCGCCCCGCACCCCCACAAAAUAAAAAAUCUAGGUAAAAGUGAAGCUUACUAUCAUGCCCCUCUAGAUCCCUCGAUUCCUUUGCAUAUCCUACAGAUCUGGAGGCCUCUUAUUCGCCGAGUCGAGGGCCAAUUUGGUCAGAGUGGCGUCGCCAUUUUCAGUUUUAUCUUGGACUUGCUCGGUCUGAAUUUCCUUCUGAGUGUGAUCAUGCUGAAUGCUAUCGUACUGCCGGUGAUUUUCCUGCAGGAGGAAAGGAAGAUUGACGAAAAUCCUGAAGAAUGGAAGGCUGGGUGGACACCAUGUGACAACUCGACCUCUAGCAGCGGUCGUUGCCCUAAUGUGGACUUGACAAACCACGACGCAAUUAUCAAUAACUGCAGUGACAUGUACCUAGAACAGAUCCUUUGGAAAAACUCGAGUGACAUCAUGGGCAAUCAUUCUGAGAUCCUGCCAGUGGGUAUAAUCGCAGAGUUCCUGAUGGGCAAGGGGAGGCUGGAACUCACUCCUCUCUUUCUAGGUUACUACCCUCCAGAAAUCCGAUUUAUUAGAUACCCAGUCGCAGCCAUGCACAUUCUGGCAACUACUACUGUGUUUGUGAUAUCUCUAGUAAAGGUCGUCGUGCGAGUGGGCCAGUGGCUUCGCUACAGUUCCAUGACAUCCAGAGGUCAGUUGUUCUCUGAAACAGUUUUCGCCGGCUAUGACUUCUCCUUGCGAAGUUCCCACGCUGUCAUUUGGAAACAGAGGAUGCUAAGGAAUGAACUGUGCUCUGCUCUAAACGAGGACAGAUUCCAACAGUCGAAGUCACAGCGAACGCCCAAGCGAAUGCUCUGGAUUUUGUGCAAGCGAGUGAUCAUUAACAUAUUCAUCAUGGCAGUGGUCACUUUCAAUUUCUUAGUGAUCAUAACGUUCACUACAUUUCAGACCAAGAUGCAAGGGUGGCUGACUAAUUACUUCGCCGCAGAUCCCUUGAUGGCAGAGAAUUUGAGUUUCUUAUGCAAGUAUUCUGAUACAUUGGUGAUAGGAUUUCUUUGUAUGUUUACUCCGCCACUGAUUUCUAAACUAGGCUCAUGGGAAGAAUACACCAGUCGGAAUGAGAUGCUGCUCUUCAUCAUCAGAAAUGGUUUCAUACGCCUCUUCUCUUUGGAAUGUUUGGUCAUCACGCACCUGGAACAAGCAAGAAGAGAGAAAGUGCAAGAAUGCAAUGUCGAUCUUCUGUGCUGGGAGACUGCUCUUGCCCAGGAAAUCUACUCGCAACUGGUGUGGGAAUUCCUCACUCGUAUGGUGGGAAUGCUACUUCGCGUCAUUUACGUGAUUCUGGCAACACCCUGCCGGUGCCUUAAACUAUCGGUUUUGCCGGAGUACAACGUUCCCGAUAAGGUCAUAGAUAUAAUAUUCAUUCAAACGAUUUGCUGGAUAAGUGUCCCGCUGUCUCCACUGUUACCUUUACUGUGUUAUGUUUUCUUGAUCAUCGUACUCUGGAUGGAACUUCUUUCAGCUCUCGUGAUGUCCAGGCCUUCGGAGAGGGUCUUCUUGUCCUCCAAGUCAUCUGCUGCAUUCAUGGUGGCACUAGCCAUUUCUUGGGUGUGGAGUGCUGGAGUCGCUGUGUCAGCAUUUUCUCUAGUACGUCCAUCCCUUGGCUGUGGACCCUUUAAAGGACUGACACAGGUCUGGGAUGCUUUAACUCACUGGAUCUGUUCAAUGGACGGAAAUUUAUCAACGCUUAGAUCUUUUCUUUUUGGAAUGGAUGACCUAGUCGUGAUCCUACCCCUUGGGCUGAUCCUCUUCGGGCUCUUCGCCUAUUACAUUUGGAUUUUACACCUGAGGUCGAUCACCAUCAGCCACCUUAAGGCAAAACUCAAGGAGGUCACCAGUGAUAACACCUUCCUGCUGGAUACUGCUCAAGAACUCAGGAUCCCGUGGACAUGA